UAUGUGAUUAAGUAAGCUAAGCGAAAACAUUACAUUUGCCAACGUCCCUUCCCUUCUUCUUCAUCUUAUACCUCAUCACUCUGCUCAAAUUAAUUAUCCUCUUUAAUCAUGUCUACCUUCCCCAUCUUUCACACCUUAAACAGUGGAGCUGGCUUCCCUGGAUUAUCCUCCUACUCUGCUGAGCAGAUAUCAUUAGCCCCUAUGGAGCAACCCCUAUAUGAUCAAAAAGCCGCCGACCUUGCUGCGCUGGAUUUAAUACCAGAAGAUGACUGGCUUAAAAUUCUGGGACUCCAAUCCUCAUCUGCGCCUGGUGAAUAUUGGAUGCACGUCGACUCUCCUCCCAUUGCGGAGUCAGACGUCCAAAACGAUUUCACCGCUGCCAUUCGCACAAAAGUCUCCCAUCCUCGGGUAGCUCAUGCGUGCGAUCACUGCAGGCGCAGAAAAACAAAAUGUUCGGGGGAACAGCCGGUGUGUACGAGCUGUAAGAAAAGAGGCAAGGUGUGCCAGUGGACUCCUAUCAAAACCACCAAGGAACGGCGAAGCCGGAAACCUUACGAUGUUGGUUCUGAAUACCGCCCUCGACCAAGUACAUCUGCCCCAUAUAUCGUGGCGCCUAGGGCGACUUAUCCGAGCGUUAUGCUCCCGAAUCCGAUGACCAUUUGGUCUAUCGAGGAUGCUAUGUCUGCAGCGCAGGCUAGUACGAUUUCGAAUGCGUCUUCUAGUAGGAGCGAGCUUUCUAUGCAAACACCCACUGGUUGGAGCCCUCGGUAUGACUCGGACUGCGAUGUUGAAUGGAUCCCGUCCCCUUCUUCCUCCUGCCUUUCAUUGGGGAGUGAUGACUCAUCUCGCGAAUCGUCGCCUUUGGACACGCCCACACCUGACCCGAUAUAUUUUUCUGGGGAGGAGCCGGCGCAGGAUAUAGACGAUUUCUUCAAAGAUCUAUAUCAAGCUCUAUCUCCCGAGUGGUCUUCUGUCUUACAAAGCUGGCCGGAGAUGCCUUUUGCUCAGUAAGCUUUAUUGCCACGUCGUCUUUCGUGGGUUUGCAGUAUGGACGCUUUUGCGAUACCUUGUGUUCUUAAUGUAGUGAAAAUAAAACACUUUUAUUUCAUAACUCGAGUUAUUUUUACUUGAAGCGCAUUUCGUGAGAGCCUCUUGGCUAGAAAAUUCCACGUACGUUUCUUCAAUGAAAUUUAC